AUAAAUAACUAGGACCCUGCCCAAGUUUCAUCGCUACUCGUCUUGUCUGAUUCCCCCGAGCCUAGCCUAGCCAGCGAGAAGCGAGAUGGCGGGGGUCUCUCGCGCGAUCAGGGCCUGCGCCGCCACGUCCCAGCGCACCCUGGUCGCUGCUUCGGCGGUGGCGCUGCCGAAGGAGGCGAGGGUGAAAGCGGCAACGGUCGGGCGCAGGGGGCGGGGUCCGGAGGACGGGAGGCGCGUGCAGUGGGCGUUCCUCGGGUGCCCCGGGGUGGGGAAGGGCACCUACGCCAGCCGCCUCUCGCAGCUGCUCGGCGUCCCACACAUUGCCACCGGCGACCUCGUCCGCGACGCCCUGGCCUCCCCUGGCCCCUUCUCGAAGAAGCUUGCUGAGAUUGUCAAUCAAGGAAAACUGGUGUCCGAUGAGAUCAUCAUAAAUCUGCUGUCAAGACGCCUGGAAGAGGGAGAAGAAAAGGGUGAAUUGGGGUUCAUCCUUGAUGGCUUUCCUCGAACCAUGAGACAAGCGGAGAUACUUGAAGGAGUCACAAAUAUUGACUUGGUGAUCAAUCUCAAGCUUCGAGAAGAAGCUCUGGUUGCAAGAUGUCUUGGCAGAAGGAUGUGCAGCCAGUGUGGAGAAAACUUCAAUGUGGCCUCCAUUGAUAUUGAGGGAGAAAAUGGUGGAGCUCCAAUGUACCUGCCUCCACUAUUGCCUCCGCCACAGUGUGAAUCGAAGCUAAUAACCAGAGCAGAUGAUACUGAAGAAGUGGUAAAGAACCGGCUACGUGUGUACCAUGAUCUGACUGAACCAGUGGAAGGAUUCUACAAAGCGCGUCAAAAGCUUUUGGAGUUCAAUAUACCUGGUGGAAUACCCGAAUCAUGGCGAAAGUUAUUGGAAGCCUUGAACAUAGAAGACUCCGACAAUAUGAGAUCUGCAGUAGCAUGAUUUUUUUUAGGAAUGCACAUUAAAUUAAACAUCUGUAGCUUAUGUCAAAGUUAGUCAAUUUUUCUGAACAUUCCUUAUAUCUUUAGAAAGCACGGUCGAAUUUGGAUUGAGAUUAGAUUAUUUGGCGUAGCACUCUAACUGUACAGUAGAUUAGUGAUCGAUGGGCAAGAUGAACGAAAGCGGUCUGUAAAAGGAAAUAAAUAGUUGUUCGAUGACCAGACAUUUAUUUGUAGCCUGUACCAUAUAUGAACUUGUUGAAAGAGGUGCAUACCAGAAGCAAUUUGAAUCGUUGUGGAUAUGAUUGAAGCA